UCUGAACUUAGUUGCAGAGGCUUGCCAUUUACCUUGCUCAUAUAGGAGCUACUGGAUGUAUGUGCCUGAUACUUUCACUUAAAUUUCUGAUACCACUCACUACCAUAUAUUAAAAUACAGAAAAUGUUUUUGGUCAAAACUGAUGGCUGUUUUUUCUGGAUAGUAUUAUGUUAUACCUCUGUUGCUUCAAUGGGUAACAAACAUUGCCAUGACUCCUGUAACACAUCCAUCCUCCAGGCUACACUGGGCUCUGUGGUGCUCUUGUCAUGCAGCUUUGGGUCUACCUCUCUGGGCAUCAGCCCUGGCCAUGGAUGGGUGGUGUGGAACCAGAUCUCUGGUUCUGGUGCCAGCCUGGUCAACAUCACAUCCUCUGGGAAGGUGGACUUUCUAGACCCUAGGCAGGGCAGAGUGAAGGCUUUCCCCAAUCAGGGAGGUCUGGGGAACUUCUCCAUCAGCAUCGAUGCCCUUCAGGCCUCAGACUUGGGUUCCUACUGCUGUGAGCUACACAGUAAUGACCAGUGUCAUCGAGUGGAAGUUGAGGAACUUGAUCAAGACAGAACAGAUCUCCAAGUGUUGUUUUUCUGCGUCGGUGGUGUGGCCGUCCUCAUAGUGCUCCUGAGUGUCUGUUUCUGCUGGGUGAAAUGGACACGAUCCAUUAAACCUCCUGAGGACGUUGCAUGUUGUGAUGAUGUUGGGAGAGACGUGACACAGAAGAGAGGAGCCGGCAAUGAGCGACCUAUCUAUGAAAACAAUGAGCACAAUCCAACCAGAAUGCAGCAUGAACCGACCAGAAUUCAGCAUAAUCCAACCAGAAUUCAGCAGGAUCCAACCACAAUUCAGUAUGAUCCAACCAGAAUUCAGCAUGAACCACCAAGAAACCAGCACGAACCAGUUACAUACCAAAAUAAACCAGUGAGAGAUUUGAGUGAGAAAAGAAGAGGGUUUCAUAGAGAACUCAUGAGCAGAUUGCGCCAAUCAAGUCUCGGACAGCAUUACUAUGCAAACCAAGCAGAGAUCAAUGAGCAAGCCAGAGCUCAGAUCGACAACCACCAAAGAGCAAACGAGGCAGAGACCAACCAGGAGGGAAGAUUCCAAAUGGACAACCGCCAAAGAGAAUGUGAAUAUGAAAACCCAAUCUACAACAAGAAUACAAACCAAAUCAACAAAUGAUGGGAAUGACGAGUAUACUGGGUCUCAACACCUUGGUCUCAUUUUUGUUUGGGUUGUAUUUCUUUUUUUAUAUAAAGUACAUAACAUUGUCUUGAAAGUGAAACAAAUAUGAAAUAAAGUAAAAUCAAUUUUG